AUGCCCAUUGAGAUUCUCGAGACGAUCGCGAAUAUCAACUACAAUACCCCGCGACCCCGCCCGAUUGACCCCGCCGUCUUCUUCGACCUCCUCAAGAUCCGCCGACUGGUCGACGAAGCUACAGACCUGGCAGUCCGCGCCGCUAGCGACAUCGCCUCACCGACUCUGUCGAACCUGCAUGGUGGACUGAAUGGACACAUGUCGUCGCUGGGCUUUGGAGUGGGCGGGGGUCACGGGACAAAACUGAGCAAAGAACGAAAACACAGGAUGAGGGAACAGGCCAGCCAGAAGCUUGCCCGCGCAUAUCGUCUGGAUGAGAUCGCAUGUAGUGUCGCCACUAUGCAGGGCACCUCGACGUUGGAGGAGAUUGGCUCUCUAGUGUUGCAGCGCAGCAAAGACGAUCCGGAUGCCAAAUACGUCCACUUCUUCCACGAAAAGAUACCAUCGAGACAACUGGCCGAGUGCACCAGCCUGCAUUCUCUGGACGAAAUCAUCUCCGCGAGACCGGGCGAGGGCGAGGCUCUGCGAACAAGGGCAACCGUGAGGAUAUUCAAGGAGGACUACGAAGGCGCUGCUUGGGAUCUGAGUCGCGCGUUGGAGAAAUGCCGCUAUCACCAGCCAAUCCACACCCCUCCAUCUUCCCAGGAACUUCAGCUGGCGACUGGGACAAGGAGAUAUCAGGACGUGAUCCUCACUGAGGACCAGCAGCCUAGCAGCUUGGAGACGCAGCUGUUGUUCCAGCGGGCUGGGGUAUACUUGACGCUUGCAUGCCAGCAUGUCAUUGACGGCUUGCCCGACACUCCUGCAGAUGGAGGGGUAGCGCGGGAUGACGGUCAAAGGCAGACACCCUCUGAUGCCAAAGCAGGAGAGGAGACUACGUCCGGCCAGUCUCCUGAACCUUCACCCGCUGAAAAGGAGGCCGCGCGCCACCGGUUAGAGCAGCGAAAAGUGGUCAAGACCUACGCCAAGAAGGCCCUGCGAGACUACACGGCAUAUCUGUCCAAGUUUGAGUACACGCCGGAUCUGCCGCUGAAGGUAGUAAAAGAAUUCACGGAAAAGGUUAAUAGCACAGUCCAUGGUAUUCGCCAUCCUCGAAUGCCCGACUCAGGGGCUUCGCCAUCAUACAAGAUUUAUCCUCUGUCCGAUCUCUUCGCCGCCGUGCCACCAGCAGACAUACCGCCGUAUCCUUCUCAGGCGAUCGUGCACCAAUCUGGCCCCGUUCAGCCUUCCACCUACGAGGCGAUCACAUAUCAUCCUCUGCUAACAGACGCGCUCCACUCCUUACUACUCUGUCACUGUCUUAUGCAGACUUCAACCAAGGAGCUCCUCCGCCACGCGCACAUGGUUGCUCGGCUGGCCCGCCUCGCCGACGGGUACCCCAUAUUUCAACCAAGUAGGUCCCCAGCCAGGGCGGACUGGAUCGAGGUUCUUCGCCGGGCGAACAACUGGAUUUCCAUGACCACGUCCUGGGAGCAAUUAUGUGCCCCUGCGCCUCUGCCGGUCUUGGACGGGCCUUUGGCUGAGCAUCAAAACAAGGUUCGUCCGUCCGCCAAAGCAGCUGCGCUUGCGGCCGCGGCCAUCACUCGAGACAGCAACACGCUGCCUGAUCUCGGUGAGACUGAGGAUCAGCGGAAAGAGAGGAUUCGCCAACAGGCUAUCAUGGACUCUCUUGACGACGACAGAGUUGUCGAUGAGGCAAGCCUCCGCGCUGCCAUCACCGCCCGCCAAAAGCGAGCUGAAGAGGAUCACGACUACCUGAUUGGUCUCAAGAACGGCACGCACGGAAAAUCAGAGCUAGCAAGUCACAGUCAGCCACCCGCCCUCCGUAGGUGGAGUGUGGAUGAUGGUCGAGAGUAUCCCAUUCUGACGGAACGCGCCGCUGCCAUCGCCCGCUGGGUGCUUGAGGCCCCAGCGGUGAGCCUUGGAACCUCCAAGCGGAAGAAGAAAGCCGGUCCGAAGAAAGCAAAGGAUACGAGGGGGCCGGAUGCGGUGGCGGGCAGCAUGGCCAGCCUCGCUAUCAGCGAGGCUGGUAGAGCCGUCGACGCGCAGGCCUAA